CUGUAGUUCUGUGAGACAUUUAGCCUUCUCUGUCCGAGAUCUCUGGUGCCACCAUAAACUACAGUUCCCAGGAUUGUCUAGCACAAAGUGGUGUCAAACUGGAUUAUUCCUGCACUUUUGCCUCCCAAGGAACACUGGAAGCAGAGGUUCCCGUGGGAGAAUCCCUUUUCCCUCACUCACUAACAACUCCUCUUACUAACAACUGCCUGGGAAGUUUUAUAUCACCUAUAUUUGAGCAGAGUUCUUCUCCUCAGGUUUCAUUCCAGCGCCACGUCACAUCAAGGCGCAUGCGCGCUGAGAACCCUCUCCUUGGCAUCCUUCCUGCGCGUGCGCACUCUAGUAGACGGUGGUGGUGGGGAGGCAUACAGUAGUGGAAGAGGCGGCGUGACGUAGUAGAGUAGCGGUUUGAGCGCUCGACUACGGAACCCUGGAGACAAAGGUUCGAUCCCCGCUCGGAUAUAGAAACCCCAUUGGUUGGAUUUGGGCAAGCCACACCCCACUCUCACACAGCCCUCGGGAUAGGAAGGCAAUGGCAAAUCGAGUUACGCUCUUAAUACUACUCUGGCGGCCUCCAGUUGCAUUCUGGGACUUGUAGUUCAGCGAGAAUCCCAAACGCCCAGAAUCCAACAUGGUGGGAGGAGUCACAGUAGAAUAGCAGCCGCUCAUUGUGCGGUAAUCUCCUUCGAAUGCGAUUUGUUGUUGCUAUGGUGUUCCUUCCAAAGGGCGAACCAAUCAGGAGCUUUCAAUUGAGGAAGAGACCAGAGUCUGAGUUGCCUUAAAAGUGAGGUUUUUAGAGGCGAGCCUGGGAAUCGAACCCGGGUCUCCGGGACCAGAGUCCAAACCUCAACCCCUUACGCUACGCCUCAAUAUAUAAACUACAGGGGAAAGAGAACAAGUUAAAGGCUAGAGAGAGAGAGAGAGAGAGAGAGAGAGAGCGCCGGGGAGCGGCUUCUGGGCAAGCGGCGGCGGCUGAGGGGCGAGGCUAUGUCCCCGGUCUUCUUGUCCCCGUUCCUCCUCCUCCUCGCCGUCCUCCUCGUCCUCCUCGCCAUCCUCCUCCUCGUCUUCCUCCUCCCCUUCCUCAUCGUCCUCGUCAUCCGUGAAGCUUUGUGUGCCUGUUUUCACCCCCGGAAGGAAGUGACCUUCAGUCUUCAGGAGGCCAUUGUUGAGGGCGAUUUAAUAGAGUAGCCCCUUUCCCUCCAUCCCUGAGGAAUGAGGAUGAUUUUACGUACUAUUAAGGUCUUGGCCAGCUGAUACUACAGUUCAUUAAGGAAGAAGCAAAUUCAAAUUACCAUGGAUUUGAAGGCGCGAAGUCACUUGCUUCAGAAUUGUGAGGCUCUAGAAAGAGAUAUUAAGACUUCCUAUAUAAUGGACCAUAUGAUUACAGAUGGAGUAUUAACAUUGCAGGAAGAGGAGACUGUAAAAUCUGUGAUUACUCAAAGGGAGCGAGCAGCUAUGCUCAUAAAAAUAAUUCUCACCAAAGAUGACCAUGCAUAUAUAUCCUUUUAUAAUGCUCUGGUUCAUGAGGGGUAUAAAGAUCUUGCUGCCCUUCUCCAGGAUGGCCUCCCAGUUAUUUCUCCUUACAAUGGAAAUAAGUCUAUGGAUGGAGUAACUUCCUACGUUAAGACUGUCCUCUGUGAAGGUGGAGUUCCACAGCGGCCAGUUGUGUUUGUCACACGUCCAGAACUCGCAAAAAUAAUACAGCAGAAACUAUAUAAGUUGAAAAAUGAUCCAGGAUGGGUUAUUGUUUAUGGCAUGGCAGGCUGUGGAAAGUCUGUUUUGACAGCAGAAGCACUUCGUGACCACAGUCUUUUGAAAGAUUGCUUCCCAGGAGGAGUAUACUGGGUGUCUGUUGGGAAACAAGACAAGGCAGGCCUAUUGAUGAAACUCCAAAAUCUGUGUCUGAGGUUAGACCAGGACUUCACUUAUUUGCAGAGGCCACCACUUAAUAUUGAGGAAGCAAAGGAUCGCCUUCGUUUUUUGCUGUUUCGCAAAUAUCCAAGGUCUCUGUUGGUGCUUGAUGACAUUUGGGAUUCAUGGGUAUUAAAAGCCUUUGAUAGUCAUUUCCAGAUUCUUCUCACCAGUAGGGACAGGAGUGUAACAGACUCAGUAACUGGCAAGAAAUACGAGGUUCCAGUGGAAAGUGGACUAACACAUGAAAAAGCACUUGAAAUAUUAUCCCUAUUUGUUAACAUGAAAAUAAAAGAACUACCAGAAAAAGCUGAUUGUAUUGUAGAAGAGUGCAAAGGUUCCCCUCUUGUGGUAUCUUUAAUAGGAGCAUCAUUACGAGAUUUUCCCAAUCGCUGGGAAUACUAUCUUAGACAACUUAAAAAUAAACAGUUCAGAAGAAUAAAGAAAUCUUCAUCUUAUGAUUAUGAAGCACUUGAUGAAGCAAUGUCCAUAAGUGUUGAAAUGUUGCCAGAAAAUUUUAAAGAUUAUUACAUAGACCUUUCUGUCCUUCAAAAGGAUGUUAAAGUGCCUUCAAAGGUGUUUUGUGUUUUUUGGGAUAUGGAGACUGAAGAAGCUGAAGACUUACUACAAGAAUUUGUUAAUAAAUCUCUUUUGUUCUGUGAUCGGAAUGGGAAAGCAUUCCAUUAUUAUCUGCAUGAUCUUCAACUUGAUUUUCUUACUGAGAAGAAUCGUGGUCAGCUACAAGCACUACACAAAAAAGUAGUUCAUCAAUACAAGAAGCAUUAUGCACAGACACAGUAUAUGCCAAAUUCAACUCAAGAAGACUGCAUGUAUUGGUAUAAUUUUCUUGCUUACCAUAUGGCAAGUGCCAGGAUGCACGAUGAACUGUGUGCUCUCAUGUUUUCACUAGAUUGGAUUAAAACCAAAACAGAAUUGGUAGGGCCUGCUCAUUUGAUUCAUGAAUAUGUUGAAUACAGUGAACUAUUGAAUCAAAAGGAUCCCAUUGCACGUGAAAACUUUCAGGAAUUUCUCUCUUUAAAUGGACACCUACUAGGACGACAGCCAUCUCUAGACAUUGUACAGCUGGGCCUUUGUCAACCAGAGGAUUCAGAAGUAUAUCGACAAGCAAAGCUACAGGCUCAGCAAGGACUUGAUAAAGGAUCCUUUUAUGUGGAAUGGAUGAAUAAACAGUCCAUAAAGAAUAUGUAUCGUCUGGUUGUGCGUCCACAUACAGAUGCUGUUUAUCAUGCCUGUUUUUCCCAGGACAGACACAGAAUAGCUUCAUGUGGCGCUGACAAAACACUGCAGAUAUUUAAAGCUGAUAGUGGAGAAAAGCUUCUGGAAGUAAAAGCUCAUGAUGAUGAAGUGCUGUGUUGCGCUUUUUCGGCAGAUGACAGAUUUGUUGCAACUUGUUCUGCUGACAAAAAAGUAAAAGUUUGGAAUUCAAGAACAGGUCAACUUGUGUGCUUAUUUGAAGAACAUACAGAGCAGGUCAACUGCUGCCAAUUUAACAAUACAAAUCAUAACCUAUUUCUGUUAGCUACUUGUUCAAAUGACAGCUUUAUCAAACUCUGGGAUUUGAACAAGAAAUACUGCCGCAAUACACUGUUUGGCCACAGCAAUUCUGUUACUCACUGCAGAUUUUCACCAGAUGAUAAAUACAUGGCUACCUGUUCAGCAGAUGGAACUUUAAAGCUUUGGUAUGUGCAUUCAGCAAAUGAACUGAAAACUAUUGACAUAGGAGACUACUUCAGAAAUGUGGAUGACUACCAAGAUGAUGUGGAAGUGUUAGUGAAAUGUUGUUCAUGGUCAUCUAAUGGUACUACAAUAGUGGUAGCAGCCAAAAAUAAGCUUUUUCUUUUUGAUACCAAGACCAGUGAUUUGUUGGCAGAAGUCCUUAUAAGCCACCAGAGUACUAUUCAGUACUGUGAUUUUUGUCCAAAUAGUCAGAUGGUAGCAGUUGCUUUAUCACAUUAUUCUGUGGAGAUCUGGAAUAUUGAAUCCCUUUCCAAAAUAGCUGACUGUCGUGGACAUAUGAGCUGGGUUCAUUCUGUGACAUUUUCUUUUGAUGGCUCUCUGUUUCUCACUGCUUCUGAUGAUCAAACAAUAAGGAUUUGGGAGACAAGUAAGGUGUGCAGCCUCUCUGCCACUGUGUUAAAACGUGAAAUAGAUGUUCGGUUUCUGGCCAAUGAAGUAGUCAUCUUAGCCAUUGAUAGUUCAAAGCAUCUGCAACUUAUUUAUGGAUACACAGGCCAGACUUUUCAUUUGACUAAAGGACAGGAUCAUUUCAUAUGCUGUUGUUGCCUGAGCAAUGAUCUGCAGACUGCUGCAUUUGGAGAGAAGAAUGGAACAGUAAAGGUCUUAAGUCUGUCAAAUGGAAACAUUUUAAAAUCUAGAACUGGACACAGAGAAGCUGUACAACACUGCCAGUUUACUUCUGAUGGGAAAAUGCUUAUUUCAAGCUCUGAUGAUUCAACUAUACAGGUAUGGAAUUGGCAGUCAGAGGAAUGUAUUCUUCUGAAAGGUCACAAUGAACCUGUCAAGAAUUUUCAUCUUCUAAAAGACUCAAGGCUUCUGUCGUGGUCAUUUGAUGGGACAGUUAAGCUCUGGAACACACUUACAGGAGAACUAGAAAAAGAUCUCACCUGUCAUGAAGACGCUAUUCUUUCUUGUGCUAUUUCACCCAAUAACACUAUGUUUUCCACUACCUCUGCUGACAAGACUGCCAAGAUAUGGAGUUUUGAAACAUCCUCAAUUCUUCAUAAACUAAAUAGUCAUGAAGGCUGUGUAAGAUGCUGUGUUUUCUCCCCUAAUAAUGAACUGUUUGCCACAGGAGAUGACAAUGGAGAAAUUCGGGUUUGGAAUGUCUCAAGAGGUGAGCUGCUUCACCUCUGUUUUCGUGCUUCAAUAGAUGAAGGAGAAUCAGCACAUGGAGGCUGGGUAACAGACCUUUGCUUUUCCCCUGACAGUAAGAUUCUGGUUUCUUCGGGGGGAUACAUAAAGGUUAACAAGAUAUUUUGGCGAUCUACCCAAGUCUCAGCAAGAAAUUCAUUCAUAUUUUGUAUGCACCUUAUAAACAUACUUGCAGUGGUGGAAUGUGGAUACUGGUCAACCUCGGCAAACAUUCUACACAAAUGGAACCAAUCUCAAAUCUCUACAUGUGUCCCCAGAUUUCAAAGUAUGUGUGACUGUUGAUAAUCUUGGCAUUCUUUAUGUGCUACAAAUUAUCGAAUAAACCUUUUAAAGACUGUGACAGCUUUUGUAAUUGCAGCAUUUUGAGCCAGAAGCAUUUGGGGGUGGGAGAAUCCUUGAGGUUCUUAUGAAAUGUGAAGUGAUUUCUUCUCUGACAUGCAUUUAUAUGGAUGUAUAUUUGUAAAUGUUUCUGAGCCAGAAGCAUUUGGAGGUGGCAGAAUCCUUGAAGUUCUUAUGAAAUGUGAAGUGAUUUCUUCUCUGACAUGCAUUUAUAUGGAUGUAUAUUUGUAAAUGUUUAUAUGCGUGUAAAUUUGUAAAUUUAUUUUGUGUUUGAUCAACUCUUUAAAGUUUGGUUUCCAUCUUCUAAGUAUUUCUGUAGCUACUUAAAGAUUGGAAUACAUUAGGGUAUUUCCACAGAUGGAAUGCAUUUUGUAAAUGUAACCAGGAGGGAGGUCAUCUCCUCAUUCUUCUGCAGAUUCUCUGUACCGUAAAAAUGUACCGUUGAUGCCUGAACUGAUUUUUGGUUAGUGCAUAGGGCUGCAUUGGUGAGUAGAAGGAAAGGAAAUUCUAUUACACUAGCAGCCAUGUGCUAAUGUAAUGUUGAAUUUAGGCUAAAGAAAUAUACUAAGGGUAAUUGAAAGGAGUAUGAUACAUUGACAUUUCAUCACUGAUCUUAUAGAAGGUGUUGUUAAAACAUAUGCAGUUUCCUAAAAACAUAGUUUUUUUUUAUUGCUGUUUUAUAGAUACAGAUAGAUUUAUAAUGUGAAUUCCAAAAGCCUCGAUAAACAGUGUGAAUUACUGAAAGCUCCAGUAUCAUAAAAUGAAAUACUAAGCAAUACUGUUGUGUUACUACAAGCAGUAGCAGCUUGUGCUUUUCAGACAUAGUAGUCUAAAUAUACUGGUGGAUAAUUGUUUCGAAAAUUCUACUGGGCUAAAAAAGCAUUGCCCCAUACCACCUACAGAGAGGAUCUGUAGGUUCGUGUCUAUCCACCUGCUUAGAAUUACACAUAUGAAAAGCCAUUUCAGUAUCUUUUAUGUCUUCUGUUCAGAUUAAGUUUAAACCAUUGUCUUUCUAUAUUUGCCAAAGUUUUUUCUCGCCUGUUAAAAAAUUACAGUAUUCUGAUCUGAUAAAAUAAUUUUUAAAUUGUAAUAUAUCCGAUAAAGAAAAUGAAAGUAAAAUGUGAUGGUAAAUGUCUUGAGGUUGUUUUUUUCGCCUCUGGGUUUUCAUAUUUUUCCUACCAUAUAUGUACUUGAGCAAUAUGUUGCUAUUUUAACUAACAAUAUUCUUCUGCUCAGGGAUUGGAAAAGUUAUUUUUUGGUAGACAGUUCUCUCAUUUCCCCAGCCAUCAUACGUGCAGAGUGAUUCUUUGGGCUGCUGGCAUGUUGCAAGUAGCAACUUGAGAUUCUCUUUUUGCCUCUAUCCUACUGACCAGAAAAUCCUCAUGUUUUGCACGCAAAGAAUAUACCAUGCAAAGAGAUGUUAAGGAAGCCAGUCCUCUUUUAUGCAAAAUUCCAUAGCAGCUGGAAUGUAGGACAGUGAAGCAGAAUUACUCUUGUUAUGGGUUUCAUCACAUUUUAGGUUAAGUAAGAAAAAUUAUGUUGGGUUAGGUGUUUAAAAAUAAUUGAGGAUGCCCAAGUUCAUGGAAAACAUUUCCAGUGAAGUUCUUCAAAUGAAAUUGCAUUUUAAAAAAAAAUCUGCUGGUGCUUUUUAUUGCAAAUGAAAAUUAAAAAGCUACAUCCUUAAAAGGCAGGUUGUUGAUUUGUAAUCAUUUGGAGGGAGAAAUUGUUUCCAAUUUAACUAGCAUUUUAAGAUAUAGUAAGAAUACUAAUAGCAUCUUAGACUUUUGCUUUUGGCUAUAUUGUGCUGCUUUAUGUUAAUUUAUAUAUAUAUCUGUGCAUCAAAGGAAAAAGCUAAAUUUGCUGACUACACUGAAUUUUUAAAAUGAUAUGAAAACGUUGCCUUGGCAAUGUUGUUGGGUUUUUGUUAAACAAGUUGUUAUUUUCUUAAGCAAUAAAUAUUUUUAUAUAAUGCGAAAUGCAGUAUAUUUUCUCU